AUGGCGCUGUACAAUCCCGUCCGCGUUCUGGACGACUACUACCUGGCCAUUACGCUCCUCUUCACCGUUGGAUACCAGCUUGUGGGAUUUGCCAUAGCUUUUACUAUGAAGUUCGAUAAACUGACUGAUUUCAUGGGCGGCACGAACUUCGUUUGGCUGGCGAUAUUGACCCUCGCCUUGUCCGGUGCUACUMACGCGCGCAACAUCAUCAUCAGCAUCAUGAUCAUGCUCUGGGGUGCACGUCUCUCGGCUUUCCUCCUCUUCCGGAUCUUGAAGACCGGUUCCGAUGACCGCUUUGACGACAAGCGUGAUAAAUUCUUCCCCUUCCUUGGGUUCUGGGUUUUCCAGAUGUUGUGGUGCUGGACUGUCAGUCUGCCGGUGACUUUUUUGAACUCGCCCAAUGUGUUGCAGUACCGUCAACCAGACUUUGGGAAGGCCACCGAUAUCAUUUCAAUCAUCAUCUUUGUGAUUGCGUUUUUGAUGGAGGCUGUGAGUGACGUCCAAAAGUAUCGCUUCAAGCAGGGUCCUGGAAAGCAGCCGGGUGCGGUAUGUGAUGUUGGAUUCUUCAAGUGGAGUCGGCAUCCCAAUUACUUUGGUGAAAUCAUGGUGCAAGUUUCAAUCUACAUCAUGGCGGUUACACCAGCAAGCUACAAGACCGUGCCCUCUGGAUCGGGAGCAUACGCCGCUCUUUUCGCCUCGUGCGUCGGCUUCAUCUUCUUGACCACGCUGUUGAUGUUCGUCUCUGGUCUUACUCUCCAGGAACGACCUGGUGCAAAGAAGCGUUACGAGAAGGGCACCGGCUGGCAUGCGUAUGAGAAGUACUUGCAUGAGACGAGUAUUCUCAUUCCGAUGCCCCCAGCGCUGUGGAGGAGUUUGCCGACGAUUGUGAAGAGGACUGUUGGAUUGGAGUUCCCGAUCUAUGUCUUUGAUCCGGCAAAGCAUGCGGAUAUGGACAAGGUCAGGGAAAACUUGGCGGAGGAGGGGAGGAGAGAAAGUGCGGAGCCUUUGAGGGAAUGA